CCGCGCCUAUGUAUAGCCACAGGGUUCUGCUCUAAGGAAAACGACAGCAUGUAUUCUUUUUCACUAGUAGAAGUGACAUUUGUUUCAUAUUGACGACUUUAAAGCUAUUUGGAAGCGUUUGAGUGGCUAGCAAAAUGAAUAACAAAGCAGGUUCCUUUUUAUGGAACCUCAGACAAUUCAGUACUUUAGUCCCAAGAAGCAAAACUGUGGGAUUUUGCGGACCAAAAUUUAUUUAUUCAAACUGGAACCCAAGAAACUAUCCCUUAAAUGACUUUGAUAACAGAAUUCAAUCAUCUAGAUCAUUUUGUAGAUAUCUCUUCCAGGAUGCAUUCAUUUUUAAAUCAGGAGAUGAUGGAUUUCCAACAAAAGGCAGAAGCACCCUAACGGUUCUUACAAUUGACAAACUGCUUUGCCCUAGAAGACUGUCCUUUGACUCAAAACAUUCUGUUGUCUCUGUUGGUACACCCGAUAAUGGAUUGAGAAAAGUAAACUUUCAUCAGGAAGUCUCCAAUGAAGAUGUUCUCACCAAUGAAACAAAGCCAGCCCCUAUCAGCUAUAGAAAAUUGUCUCAGGAGUGUAAUUCCCUGAGUGAUGUGUUAGAUACAUUUUCAAAAGCACCUACAUUUCCUAGUAGUAACUAUUUCACAGCAAUGUGGACAAUUGCCAAAAGGAUGUCUGAAGACCAGAAGCGCUGUGAAAAACAACUGAUGUUUAGCCACCCUGCAUUUAACCAGCUCUGUGAACAUAUGAUGAGAGAAGCCAAGAUCAUGCGCUAUAACCAUUUGCUGUUCAGUCUUCAUGCUAUGGUGAAACUUGGAAUCCCUCAGAACACUCUUCUGGUACAGACUUUGCUGAGGGUGAUCCAGGAACGUAUCAAUGAGUGUGAUGAGAAAUGUCUUUCAAUUCUGUCAGCUAUUAUAGAGGCAAUAGAGCCAUGUAAGAAUGUGCACGUUCUUCAAGCAGGAUUGAGAAUACUAGUUGAUCAGCAAGUUUGGAAAAUAAAACAUGUCUUCACUUUACAAGCUGUGAUGAAAUGUAUUGGAAAAGAUGCACCAAUUGCUCUUAAAAGGAAACUGGAGAUGAAAGCCUUAAGUGAAUUAGACAGAUUUUCUAUUUUGAAUAGCCAGCGCAUGUUUGAGGCACUGGCCACCAUGAAUCAUCGUUCUAUGGUACUCUUGAAUGAAUGCAGUAAGAUGGUCAUAGAUAAUGUCCAUGGAUUUCCUUUUAAAAUAUUGAUCAACAUAUUGCAGUCCUGCAAAGACCUCCGAUACCAUAAUUUAGAUCUCUUCAAGGGAAUAGCAGACUAUGUGGCUGCAACUUAUGACAUCUGGAAAUUGAAACAAGUUAUUUUUCUCCUCAUUUCAUUUGAAAAUCUUGGCUUUCGACCUGUUGGUUUGAUGGACAUGUUUAUGAAGAAAGUAGUAGAGGAACCUGAAUCCCUGAACAUGAAAAACAUUGUCUCUAUUCUUCAUGUGUAUUCCUCUCUCAAUCACGUCUACAAAUGUGAGAACAAAGAACAGUUCCUAGAAGUGAUGGCUAGUUCUGUGACUGGUUGUCUUCACCACAUCUCUUCUGAAAACCUGUUGAGUGUGGUGUCUUCAUUUUGCUUGAUGAAUUAUUUCCCCCUGGCCCUUGUUAAUCAGCUUCUCCAGAAGGACGUCAUUAGUGAGCUGCUGACAUCAGGUUUCUUCUCUUCUUGA